AUGGUAGCUCUAGAGCCGCUUCUUCUUUCAGGGCUGGCAGUCACACUGUCGGCCCAGCCAAUGAGUCAUUCUGGACAUGGCUACCAUGCGAAUGCCGGGGUUCUCCAAUAUGUCGAUCCUCUCAUUGGCACCGCGGGACCCGAUCCCAAUGACAAUGGCGGCAUGACACCCUCUGUUUGCCCGCCAUUUGGCAUGACUCGCUGGACGCCGCAGACGCGGGAGAACUUUAUCUCACAGGCGCCCUACGCUUAUGGUGACCAGCUGAUGCACGGUUUCCAAGCCACCCAUCAGCCGGCAAUCUGGAUGGGCGAGGCGGGCCAGGUCGUGUUGACACCGGGCAUGGGCACGGUCCAACCGCUAUUCCAGAAUCGCGGACUGGCAUUCAACAAAGAGAACGAGCGGAGCACCGCAUAUGUGUAUGAGGUCCUUCUCAAUGGCACGCAGCUGCUAAAUCGGGACUGGAACUCCACGGCGGAGGCUGUGGGCGAUGGUCCGGAUGCCGGUGGCGGACAGGCAGUGCCGGAGGAUGUGAAGGAGGGCGCAAACGGAAGAACUCGCAAGCGUCGGACUUUGCCGUCGGAUGAAUCUCAAGAUCGUACAAUUCAGGUUGCGAUGUCGGCAGAUGCACAUGCAGGGCACCUUCGCUUUGACUUUAAGGGAAACACGAAUUCCUCAGAGCCGUGGGUGUUUAUCCAAGCCUCCCGGCAGAACUGGACAGGAGCAGUUCAUAUCGAUGUCAACAACAGGGAGGUGUAUGGGUAUAACACAGAGCGCCAGGACUAUAUGCUGGGGCCAUUCAAGGCACCCUCCUUCAAGGGAUACUUUGUCUCUCGAUUCUCACACCCAUUUGCCGCGUAUGGUGUGGCGGAUGGUGGGAAUAUCACUGAAGGGAAGCAGACGCGGACUGGCAACUUCACUGGCGCAUACGUCAAAUUUUCUGGAGACACUUCAAGGGUAGAAGUGCGGACGGGUAUCUCCUAUGUCAGUAUCGCACAGGCGCGAAAGAACCUGGAGCUGGAGCUGCCUGACGAUAAAGCGUUCGAGGACACCGUCGAUAAAGUCAAGGCCGCCUGGCUUGAAAAACUCGGUCGCGUAACGAUUGAUGGUGUCAAUAACACGGAUCCCAACCAGAAUCAGCGGACAAUUUUCUACACCGGCUUGUUCCAUGCCCUUCAGUACCCAAGCGACUACUCUGAGCCAACCUCAAAUGACGCCGACGCACCUCGCGUGUUUUACUCAGGCUACACCGAUAGCGUGCAUACCGACAAUGAUUCGUACUACCAGUCCUGGUCCAUCUGGGAUACAUUCAGAGCAGAACAUUCGCUUUUGACACUGUUUGCACCAGAGCGAGUGAACAGCAUGAUGCGCACUCUGCUACGUAUCUUUGACUGGUCGGGGAGGCUGCCCAUGUGGGCGAACAUGAUCGAAACCAAUAUCAUGAUCGCAACCAAUGCGGACGUUGUGCUGGCUAAUGCGCUCGAACGGGGCUUCCGCAGCUUUGAUGUUGGUAAGGCAUGGACCGCAGUAAAGAAGGAUGCCUAUGAACCGCCCGAGCACGACAUGGAGUUGCUUUACUACGAUCGCGAGCCGAACACCCCACAAGAAGUUCGGGCGGGCCUCUCAGCGUAUAUGAAGCAAGGGUGGGUAUCGGACGAUGCCUGGGCUGAGGCUGCAAGUCGCACCCUGGACUACGCGUUUAACGACUAUGCCUGUGCAGUGGUAGCAUCUCACGCCGGCGAAUCUAACGACACCGUGUCCGAGCUUAUGGCUCGCAGUGGCAACUGGGCUAACCUGUGGAACAACGAGACACAGUUUAUGCAAGCUCGCAAUGGCAACGGUACUUGGGCCGACAAGACUUUCGGCUGGACAGAGGGCGACGACUGGGUUUAUACAUUCGACGUGAUGCAUGAUGUGAAAAAGUUGGCUGAACUCUUCGGGGGCCGCGAGCAGAUGCGGGACAAGUUGGAUGAAUAUUUCCAAGGCGGUCACAAUCAGCAGAGCAACGAGCCGAGUCAUCACGUUCCUUACCUGUACUCAGUCCUUGGCUAUCCGAUGAAAUCCGCCGAGACAAUUCGUCCUGUCGCGUGGGACAACUAUAACUCCACCAGUGCUGGUUUGAGUGGCAAUGACGAUCUGGGCCAGACAAGCGCAUGGUAUAUCUUCUCUGCUCUUGGCUUCUACCCCGUCAACCCCGCAACUGAUGAGUAUAUUGUUGGGACUCCGUUUUUCGACAAGGUGACGAUUCGCCUUCCUCGUGGCGUAUCGACUGGAGGAGAAGUUUCAGGCACUGAAGAGAAGACCUUGAUAAUCAGUGCCCCUGGUGCGCCGUCAAAGCCAUAUGUCAAAUCCCUGAAGAUCGAUGGGACAGAAGUGAAUGUGCCCGUUUUGAAACACGGGGAUAUAGUGAAGGCGGAGAGCAUCGAGUACGAAAUGAGCGAGGUGCCAACGUCGUGGGGUGGUGAACCGUCUUGGCAGGCCUAG